AUGGCUCAGGCGCAACUCGAACUUGAAAUGGUACACGAAUUCGUUCCAAGAGGGUUAUGUACCGGUUAUUCUCAGGAGGAGAAUAAAAUGAAAAUUAUGGAAACCUUACAUUCGCGUCAUAAAGGAAAAUCUACAGGUCGCCUGGUUGAAGGAAAAAUAUUAAACAAAAAUUUGAAAGUUGCAACUAAAUACAAACCUUACAAAUGUGAAAUUUGUUUUAAGCCCGUUAUUACAACAAGUGAUUUGAAAAGACAUUUGAUAGUGCACACUGGAGAAAAACUUUACAAGUGUGAAAUUUGUUUUAAAUGGUUUGGUGAAGCAGGUGAUUUGAAAAAACAUUUGACAACACACACCACAGAAAAACCGUAUAAGUGUGACAUUUGUUUUAAAAAAUUUUCUCUAAAAGGUAUGUUAACUGGACACAUGAAAGUCCACAGUGGAGAAAACCCUCACAAGUGUGAAAUUUGUUUAAAACUGUGUAGUACGACAAGUGAUUUGAAGUCACAUUUGAGAAUACACACUGGGGAAAAACCUUAUAAGUGUGAAAUUUGUUUUAAGGCAUUUGCUAGAGGAAGUGAGUUGAAAAUUCAUUUGAGAGUGCACACUGGAGAAAAGCCUUAUAAGUGUGAGAUUUGUUUAAAAUGGUUUAGUGAAACAGGUUCUUUGAAAAAACAUUUGACAACACACACCAAAGAAAAACCUUAUAAGUGUGACAUUUGUUUAAAGGCCUUUGCUAGAACAACUCUUUUAAAAGAACAUUUGCUAACACACACCACAGAAAAACCGUAUAAGUGUGACAUUUGUUUUAAAAAAUUUUCUCGAAAAGGUCUGUUAACUGGACACAUGAAAGUCCACAGUGAAGAAAACCCUCACAGGUGUGAAAUUUGUCUACAACAGUGUAGUAACGCAAGUAAUUUAAAAACACAUUUGAGAAUACACACUGGGGAAAAACCUUAUAAGUGUGAAAUUUGUUUUAAGGCAUUUGCUAGAGAAUGUAAUUUGAAAAUUCAUUUGAGAGUGCAUACUGGAGAAAAGCCUUAUAAGUGUGAGAUUUGUUCAAAAUGGUUUAGUGAAACAAGUUCUUUGAAAAAACAUUUGACAACACACACCAAAGAAAAACCUUAUAAGUGUGACAUUUGUUUUAAGGCAUAUACUAGAGGAAGUGAUUUGAAAAUUCAUUUGAGAGUGCAUACUGGAGAAAAGCCUUAUAAGUGUGAGAUUUGUUUAAAAUGGUUUAGUGAAAUAGGUUCCUUGAAAAAACAUUUGACAACACACACCAAAGAAAAACCUUAUAAGUGUGACAUUUGUUUAAAGGGCUUUGCUAGAACAACUCAUUUAAAAGAACAUUUGCUAACACACACCACAGAAAAACCGUAUAAGUGUGACAUUUGUUUUAAAAAAUUUUCUCGAAAACGUCUGUUAACUGGACACAUGAAAGUCCACAGUGAAGAAAACCCUCACAGGUGUGAAAUUUGUCUACAACAGUGUAGUUACGCAAGUAAUUUGAAAACACAUUUGAGAAUACACACUGGGGAAAAACCUUAUAAGUGUGAAAUUUGUUUUAAGGCAUUUGCUAGAGAAUGUAAUUUGAAAAUUCAUUUGAGAGUGCAUACUGGAGAAAAGCCUUAUAAGUGUGAGAUUUGUUUAAAAUGGUUUAGUGAAACAAGUUCUUUGAAAAAACAUUUGACAACACAUACCAAAGAAAAACCUUAUAAGUGUGACAUUUGUUUUAAGGCAUUUGCUAGAGGAAGUGAUUUGAAAAUUCAUUUGAGAGUGCAUACAGUAGAAAAGCCUUAUAAGUGUGAGAUUUGUUUAAAAUGGUUUAGUGAAAUAGGUUCUUUGAAAAAACAUUUGACAACACACACCAAAGAAAAGCCUUAUAAGUGUGACAUUUGUUUAAAGGCCUUUGCUAGAACAACUAAUUUAAAACAACAUUUGCGAACACACACUAGACAAAAAUCAUGUUAUUCUCAGGAGGAGAAUAAAAUGAAAAUUAUGGAAACCUUACAUUCGCGUCAUAAAGGAAAAUCUACAGGUCGCUAUGUUGAAGGAAAAAUAUUAAACAAAAAUAUGAAAGUUGCAACUAAAUACAAACCUUACAAAUGUGAAAUUUGUUUUAGGCCCUUUAUUACAAGUGAUUUGAAAAAACAUUUGAGAGUGCAUACUGGGGAAAAACUUUACAAGUGUGAAAUUUGUUUUAAACAGUUUGGUGAAGCAGGUGAUUUGAAAAAACAUUUGACAACACACACCACAGAAAAACCGUAUAAGUGUGACAUUUGUUUUAAAAAAUUUUCUCGAAAAGGUUUGUUAACUGGACACAUGAAAGUCCACAGUGUAGAAAACCCUCACAAAUGUGAAAUUUGUCUACAACAGUGUAGUAACGCACGUAAUUUGAGAAUACACACUGGGGAAAAACCUUAUAAGUGUGAAAUUUGUUUUAAGGCAUUUGCUACACAAAGUUAUUUGCAAAUUCAUUUGAGAGUGCACACUGGAGAAAAGCCUUAUAAGUGUGAAAUUUGUUUUAAACAGUUUAACCAAGCAACUAAUUUGAAAACACAUUUGAGAAUACACACUGGGGAAAAACCUUAUAAGUGUGAAAUUUGUUUUAAGGCAUUUGCUAGAGGAUGUGAUUUGAAAAUGCAUUUGAGAGUGCAUACUGGAGAAAAGCCUUAUAAGUGUGAGAUUUGUUUAAAAUGGUUUAGUGAAACAGGUUCUUUGAAAAAACAUUUGACAACACACACCUCAGAAAAACCUUAUAAGUGUGACAUUUGUUUAAAGGCCUUUGCUAGCACAACUCAUUUAAAACGACAUUUGCUAACACACACCACAGAAAAACCGUAUAAGUGUGACAUUUGUUGUAAAAUUUUUUCUCGAAAAGGUCUGUUAACUGGACACAUGAAAGUUCACAGUGGAGAAAACCCUCACAAAUGUGAAAUUUGUCUACAACAGUGUAGUAACGCAAGUAAUUUGAAAACACAUUUGAGAGUGCACACUGGAGAAAAACCUUAUAAGUGUGAAAUUUGUUUUAAACAGUUUAACCAAGCAACUAAUUUGAAAACACAUUUGAGAAUACACACUGGGGAAAAACCUUAUAAGUGUGAAAUUUGUUUUAAGGCAUUUGCUAGAGAAAGUGAUUUGAAAGUUCAUUUGAGAGUGCACACUGGAGAAAAGCCUUAUAAGUGUGAGGUUUGUUUAAAAUGGUUUAGAGUAACAGGUUCUUUGAAAAAACAUUUGACAACACACACCAAAGAAAAACCUUAUAAGUGCGACAUUUGUUUAAAGGCCUUUGCUAGAACAACUAAUUUAAAACAACAUUUGCGAACACACACUAGAGAAAAAUCAUGUUAAUGUGAAAUUUGUUUUAAGCAAUUUAGUGAAACAGGUUAUUCUCAGGAGGAGAAUAAAAUGAAAAUUAUGGAAACCUUACAUUCGCAUCAUAAAGGAAAAUCUACAGGUCGCCAUGUUGAAGACAAAAUAUUAAACAAAAAUAUGAAAGUUGGGACUGGGCCAAGACCUUAUAAAUGCGAAAUUUGUUUCAAGCAAUGUACUACAAAAGGUUAUUUAAAAAGACAUUUGAGAGUGCAUACUGGGAAAAAACCUUCUAAGUGUGAAAUUUGUUUUAAGGAAUUUGCUAGAACAACUAAUUUAAAACAACAUUUGCGAACGCACGGUGAAAAAAAAUCAUAUAAGUGUGAAAUUUGUUUUAAGCAUUUUACCGCAGCAAGUAGUUUAAAAGCACAUUUGAGACUACACACUGGGGAAAAAUCGUAUAAAUGUGAAAUUUGUUUAAAGCAAUUUAGCACAGCAGGUUGCUUGACAGUACAUUUGAGAGUGCACACUGGAGAAAAGCCUUGUAAGUGUGAGAUUUGUUUAAAACGGUUUACUACAACAACUCAUUUAAAACAACAUUUGCGAACACACACUGGAGAAAAACCUAACGAGUGUGAAAUUUGUUUUAAGCAAUUUAGUGAAGUAGGUCAGUUGAAAAAACAUGUGAGAGUGCACACGGGAGAAAAACCUUAUAAGUGUGAAAUUUGUUUUAAGCAGUUUAGCCAACUAAAUACUUUGAAAAGACAUUUAAUAGUGCACACUGCGGAAAGACCUUAUAAGUGUGAAAUUUGUUUUAAGGAAUUUGCUAGAACAACUAAUUUAAAACAACAUUUGCGAACGCACGGUGAAAAAAAAUCAUAUAAGUGUGAAAUUUGUUUUAAGUAUUUUACCGCAGCAAGUAGUUUAAAAGCACAUUUGAGACUACACACUGGGGAAAAAUCGUAUAAAUGUGAAAUUUGUUUAAAGCAAUUUAGCACAGCAGGUUGCUUGACAGUACAUUUGAGAGUGCACACUGGAGAAAAGCCUUAUAAGUGUGAGAUUUGUUUAAAACGGUUUACUACAACAACUCAUUUAAAACAACAUUUGCGAACACACACUGGAGAAAAACCUAACGAGUGUGAAAUUUGUUUUAAGCAAUUUAGUGAAGUAGGUCAGUUGAAAAAACAUGUGAGAAUGCACACGGGAGAAAAACCUUAUAAGUGUGAAAUUUGUUUUAAUGCAUUUGCUAUAGAAAGUGAUUUGAAAAGACACUUGAGAGUGCAUACUGGCGAAAAACCCCACAAAUGUGAAAUUUGUUUUAAGCAGUUUAGCCAACUAAAUAAUUUGAAAAGACAUUUAAUAGUGCACACUGGAGAAAAACUGUACAAAUGUGAAAUUUGUUUUAAACACUUUGGUGAAGCAGGUCAUUUGAAAAAUCAUUUGACAACACACACCGCAGAAAAACCGUAUAAGUGUGAAAUUUGUUUUAAGCAAUUCAGCAGAGCAGAUUCCUUGAGAGUACAUUUGAGAGUGCACACUGGAGAAAAGCCUUAUAAGUGUGAAAUUUGUUUAAAGGCAUUUACUAGAACAAAUUAUUUAAAAGUGCAUUUGCGAACACACAAUGGAGAAAAAUCUUAUUAGUGUGAAAUUUGUUUUAACCUACUUGUGCAGUAGGUAAUUUGAAAAGACACUUAUAAGAACUAGUAAUUGAAUAGUUUAUUUCAGAAACCCGUCAACUGACAUUUUUAUCAAACAUUAGUUUAAUGCCGAUUUCGAUUCUUCGAGUACGAAUACACAUUUUAGUGCAGAAACCCAUCAAAUACUGUCAAAGGGUGUCAAAGUUAAACUUUUAUUUUAUUUAUUUUUAAAUAUUUCCACGAUGGUAAGUGGUGAUGGUAUUGUACAAUAUAAUAAAUUAUGUUAAACAAACGUUUUUGGCUACUACCAGAGGCGUACGACGGAGGAACGUGAAUGGUUGACCCUUCCCAAAUUAUACGCCACUGGCGGAAUUGCUAUUUUAGUGCAAUUUUUUUAUUCUCCAAUACUUUCUACGUAAAAAACAUACUCUUCAUUUGUAACGAUAAAGCCAUUAGUUUUCGAGAUAUUUGAUGCAAAAACGAAGGAGCAUAAUACUUUAAUCAAAAUAAGUGUGACUUUUCAUUUUUAUCUUCAAAUAUCUCUAAAACUAAUGACUUUAUCGUUACGAAUGAACAGUAUAUUAUUUGCAUAGAAAGUAUUGGAGAAUCUAAAAAUUAUGCUAAAAUAGCAGUUUCAUCAGUGGCGUAGAAUUUGGGAAGGGUCAACCAUUCACUUUCUCCUGUCGUACGCCUCUGGUAGUAGAAAGAAAUGAUUAUUUAACAUAAUUUAGUAGGGUGUACAGUGCCUACAUUUUCUGCCAAGUAUCACACAGAUACGUCAAAUUAAUUUAAAGUAUUCUUUUUUUUAAAUAAUUUAUUCUUUAUUUAAAACUUUAAAAACUAUGUGUGCCCGGUACUAUAAAACUAUUUGACAUAUCCUUAUGGUACUUGGCAGAAAGUGUGGGUACUGUACACCCUACUAAAUUAUGUUAAAUAAUCGUUUAUGGUUAAUACCAGAGGCGUACGACAGGGGAAAGUGCAUGGUUGACCCUUUCCAAAUUCUACGCCACUGAUGAAACUGCUAUUUUGGCAUAAUUUUUAGAUUCUCCAAUACUUUCUAUGCAAAUAAUAUACUGUUCAUUCAUAACGAUAAAGUCAUUAGUUUUCGAGAUAUUUAAAGUUAAAAAUGAAAAGCCACACUUAUUUUGAUUAAUCUAUUAUGUAUUAGUAUUAUUAGUAUCUUAUAAUACUAUUGCGCGCAGCAGAAGUUAAAUAAAGUUCAGGAUCUUGAAUUUAAAAUGUAUUUUAAGAAUUUAUAAACUAGACAAUCUAAUGACAAUUAUUGAAGUUAUUUAUUUUUUUUAAAGUAUACUAAUAAAACAACAUGAACUAGUAUAUAGUAGACACUUAGGAUAUUGCCUUUUUAACAUUCUCCCUCAAUACCUAAGGUCACCUAUAAUUUUAAACUAAGUUUAUUAUAUAUAAACUUGUGCUUUUGAGUACCUAAAGCUUUUGUUAAAAUAUCUUUAACUGCCGAAAAGGUACUUCAUGAUAUUCUCCCUCAAACGAAAGUUUUUGAUUUUGUUCAAGGGGUGUACUAACAGUCUUACAAUCAGUCAUUUGGAAUUUUUCAAGCAAUUUCACAACAUACUGAUCUUGACUAAUUUUCAACUCGUUUUGCUUUCUAUUUCGCUCAACUUUCAUUCCCAAACAAUAUGAAAUUGGCCCUAAGUCCUUCAUACGAAAAUGUAUUUGUAAUUCUGAUUUUAGAAAUUUUACUUCACUUACAUCAUUGUAAAAAAUGAAAAAUUCAUCAACAUAUAACGCUUUUUAACGCAUUUUAUCCGAAAUUUUUACAAAAAUACAAGGUUCAAUUUUAGAUUGUUUGUAACUUAAUUUUUGAAGAACUUGUGUUGCCUUUUCAUACCAAAGCCUAGAAGAUUGUUUUAACCCAUAUAUUGCUUUAUUUAAUUUGCAAACUUUGUUUUCAAAACCGGGCACUUCAAAACCUUCAGGUUGAGACAUAUAAAUUUCUUGAUCAAUGUUACCAUUUAAGAAAGCUGUUUCUACAUCCAUGUGAUCUGCUUCUAGAUUUAGUUCAGCACUCAAUGCAAGUAAAAACCUUAAAUUACUGUAACGAAUAACAGGUGAAAAAGUCUCGUUAUAAUCUAUGCCAUGUUUUUGAGUAAAGCCUUUGGCUACUAAACGAGCUUUAUAAGCUAAAAUGUCGCCAUUCUGAUCCUUUUUUAUUUUAAAAAGCCAUUUGUUUUUUACAAUGUUUUUGUUAGAAGGCUUAUCUACUAGUUCCCAAGUGUUGUUAAUUUUGAACGCAUUCAUCUCUUUUUCGAUAGCUUAAUCCAUUCAAAACUUCUCGAACCUGAUAACGCUUCUGAAACAGUUGUGGGUUCUAAAUCAUCAAUAGGAAGGCAAGGCAUUGCAUAACUAACUCUCUCAUUAUCAACUGCAAAAUCAUCAUACAUUUUUGGCAUUCGUCUAUCUCUUUUCGGAUAUCGCGAACUACAUGUAUCAUCUACCUUUUGCUCUGAAACGUACUUUCUAGUAUUUACAUCAUUUUCGUUUACACUUUCAUGCACACUUUCAGUCAUAUCUUUCUCAAAAUCAUUGACACUCUCUACAUUACUUACUUCCAAACAAUCAUUCGCUUCAUUCUCGCCACAAUCAUUCUCAUUCACACUCUUACUAGUACUUGGACGAAUUGAAACUUGAUUGUUUUCUUGGACUGUAACAGUUUCAGGAUCAGCAGGUUCAUCUGUUUCAACUUCAGACAACUUUGGAACCAUUGCAACUUCAAUGUCAGUCUGCUCAAGAGGAAAUGACAUGCUUCUUUCUUCAAACGGUUUGUUAUUCAUUUUUUCUUCCAAAAAUACAACAUCUCGUGCAAUUUCAAUUUUGUGUGUAACAGGAUCUAGCAGUCUGUAUCCGGCAGAUGUUUCUGAAUACCCAACAAAGAUUUUUUCUUUACUUUUCUGGUCGAGUUUCUUCCGCUUUAUUUUGCAACAUGAGCAUAUGCAUAACAUCCAAAGAUACGUAGAAUUGUAAGGUCAACUUUGUUUCCAGACCAUUUUUCUUCUGGAGUUUUACCUUUCAAAAUAAAAAUGUAUACCAUUUUUAUUCAGUUGCAAUGCGAAGGCAAAACAAUCUUACUUUUCAAUUAGAAUACGGAGUGCAGUCCAGUCCCUUGAACCGCGAUUUUCGGCUCUUAUUGGAGCCUUCAUCGGAAGGAACGUAGGCACUGUUCUCCAUAUUUUAACUGAUUCGUAUCGAGAGGUUUUCCCACCCAUUGCUACUGAAGUGAUGAUAGUAGGUGGCUAGCGCCAUCUGGCAUUGAAAGACGAAGUAGUUUUCAAUCCUAAUAGUAAAUUAUUAAUAUUGAAAAUAUUAAAAAUAUUACUAAAAGAUUAAGUACUUCGUCUUUUACCUUUCAGUUUCUUGGUUGGUGAUCUGUUUAAUAAAUAUACUGCUGUGUUAGCAGCUUCCGCCCACAUUUGUUUUUCAGCAUUUACCUCGAACAGCAUCGAACGUACUUUUUCGAAAAUAGUGCGGUUGAACCUUUCGGCAACACCAUUCUGUUCAGGACAAUAUGGCACAGUAAGUUCAUGUUUGAUGCCUUUGUUUUUUAAAAACUUGUCGCUUCUUAAAACUUUAAUUUUUCUUUCAGUUUCAGUUUCGACUUCUGCACAAAAUUCUUGAAACUUCUCAGGAACUUCGUCCUUUGACUUCAAAAAAUAACAAAAUGCUUUUCUUGUAUGGUCAUCGAUAAGGGUAAACAAAUAUUUUGAACCAGCAUAUGAUGGAACCUCCAUAGGUCCAGCUAGAUCUGAAUGAACCAAAUCGAGUUUAUUUUUAGCAACUUCUUUGUUUGGAUUUUUUAGGAAAUGGUUUUCUGGCAUGCUUUGCCUUAAUACAGCUUUCGCAAAGCUCAGGUGUUUCUUGUUUUUCAUAGUGUAUACCAGUUGCCAUACCAUUUUUUAAUAGAUCCAUGCUAAAAUGGUUUAAAUGACCCAAUCUUUUAUGCCAUAACAUCUGUGAAUUUUAAGGUUUAGCAAUGUUAACUUUUUCCUUAGCCAUUGUAUUAAGUUUAUACAAUCCAUCGAGAUUUGUUGCUGUGGCUUCAGGUCUCUUCUUCACUGCUAUCUUUUGAUUGUGAAAAAGUCUGCAUCCGUUGAUGUCAAAUACUACAGACCAACCAUUGCUUACUAAGGCGUUCACUGAUAAGAGAUUUACCGAUAGGUUUGGUACAUACCUAACGUUUUGUAUCAAUUUUUCUUCUCGACUUUCUCUUAGUGUAACUGUAGCAUUACCAGUUCCUUUUACUGUAAGUCUGGAGUCGUUUGCCACCACAAUCUCUUGACCAGAAUUUUUGUUGGUAAUUUCUGUUAAAAUUUCGUAUUUUCCGGUCAUGUGUGAAGAUGCACCGCUGUCAACGUACCAUAUAUCGUCUUUCAUGUUGAUACCAAAUGCAGCGAAACAUGUUGUACCACCUUUUUUGUUACUUUUGCUUUGAGAUUUACUUCUUUCGGGCGAUUUUUCCAUUUUCUUCUUAGUAUAUUUAUUUUUGUAAUGUCCUUUGGAUCCGCAACCCCAACAAUGUGGUACUUUUUUAAAUUUCUGCGCCGAGAGUGCAUUGUCUUCUUCACGUUUACCUUUUUGCCAUUUUUUGUCUUGCAAGAGUUUGGUCUUAACAAAAUCAGCUGUAAUGUCAACAUUUGAAUUUUCCAGAGCCAUUACCAUUGGGUCAUAUGCUUCUGAGAGACCCUGCAGCAUGAUUGCACCCAAAAAUUCAUCAUCGAUCGGUUUUCCAAUAGAAGAUAGUUGCUGAGAUAAGUCCAUCGCUUCGUUUACGUAAUCUUCCAUUGUACUAAGAUUGGAUAGUUUAAUUGAACAUAAAUUUCGUAGUAAACGAAGUCGACGAUGAAGACUAUCCUCAAAUGCUUUUUCAAGUGCAAGCCAUGUCUCUACAGCUGUUUUGCAUUGCAUUACAUGAGGAUAUGUACUCUUAUCCAGAGAAAGUAUUAUUUUUGAAAGUGCUUUCUCCUCGUGACGCUUUUUUGCUGGAUUGUCUAAAUUAACAACAUUAUUACCAUCAUUAGUACUAUUACCAGCUGGUUGAAUCUCUGGCUGAACACAAUACCAUAAACCAUCAUACUUCAGGAGAGCAGUCAUUUGGAAUUUCCAGGUACUGUAAUUUUCUCUGCCUCUGAGUUUUUCAACACUUCCAAGUCCCGAGUGAUCAUUUUCAGCCAUCGUACAAAAAACAAAUCUUUAAGUUUUUUUCUUCCUGCAAAAUAUUCUUCUAACUGGAGCGGACCAUAACCUAUUAGUAUUAUUAGUAUCUUAUAAUACUAUUGUGCGCAGCAGAAGUUAAAUAAAGUUCAGGAUCUUGAAUUUAAAAUGUAUUUUAAGAAUUUAUAAACUAGACAAUCUAAUGACAAUUAGUGAAGUUAUUUAUUUUUUUAAAGCAUACUAAUAAAACAACAUGAACUAGUAUAUAGUAGACACUUAGGAUAUUGCCUUUUUAACAUUAUGCUCCCUCGUUUUUAGCUUCAAAUAUCUCGAAAACUAAUGGCUUUAUCGUUACGAAUGAAGAUCAUAUUUUUUAUAUAGAAAGUUUAGAGAAUAAAAAAAAAUGCACUAAAAUAGCAAUUCCGCCAGUGACGUAGAAUUUGGGAAGGGUCAACCAUUCACGUUCCCCCGUCGUACGCCUCUGGUAGUAGCCAGAAGCAUAAUUUAGUAGAUUGUACAAUACCAGCACCACUUACCAAAUUUCGUAUUGUUGACCCAUGCCUGUCAGGAAAUAUUCAAAAAUAAAUAAAAUAAAAGUUUAACUUUGACACCCUGUAUUUAGGUUAUUAUCAACUUUUGUACUAAGGUAAGUUAGCUUAAAUCGACCUAUUUUAACGUCCAGAUUCUAAGGUUAAGCUAAGGCCCAUUCUUUACCAAACACCCUGUAUAUAUCAUGAAGCUCUUGCGUUAUCUACAAACACAAGUUUUUCCAAAUGGAGUGAAACAUCUUGUACGCUUUAGUAAUGGCCCAUCUGGUUAGAAUAAAAAUCACUGUGUUGUGAGGUUUCUCUUCUUCUUCUUUCUCGAAACUCCUUAUGCCCCCAGGGGCGUCGGAGGUUUUAUUCAUCUUCUAUCCAUCUCUUCCAUUUCUUGCGGUCCUUUGCUAACUCUUUCAUUUGUUGAUGUGUUUUUCCUUUUUCCUGUCCAAUUUCUAUAAUCUGAUCGAUCCAUCUCUUCCUUGGCCUUCCUUUCCUUCUUUUACCAUAUCUUUUCGAUUCCAUCACCUGCUUUGGUAGUCUUCCCUGGUCCAUUCUGUUAAUGUGUCCAUACCAUUUUAAUUUUCUUUUUUGUAUCUUGGUUAUUAUCGAUUCCUGUUUCAGUCUUUGUCUAAUAUCUUCAUUUCUUAUUCUGUCCAAUUUCGUUUUUCCUGCUAUUUUUCUUAGCUGCUUCAUCUCCGCUGCGUUUAUUGUACUGUCUAUUUUUGCAUUGUUUACCCAUGUCUCACUUGCAUACAUUAAAGUUGGCACAGAGAUUGCGUUGUAUACCUUCAGUUUUAUUUCUUUAUCUAUUUCUUCCUUUCCAAAUAUUGUUUUAUUUAGUGCAUAGUAGAUCUUAUUUGCUUUUUUCGCUCUGUAUGUGAUUUCUUGAUCUAUCUUUCCAUCCUCUGAUAUUAUUACUCCAAGGUAUUCAAACGUCGAGACUGUUUCUAUUAUUUCGUUUUUGCACCUAAAUAUCGUUUGGUUUAUUUCUUCCCUUUUCUUUUGGGUUACUAUCAUGGUCUUCGUUUUCUUUACAUUUACCUCCAUUUUCAAAUUUUCUAUUUCCUCCACCCAUAUAUUGAUUAAUUUUUGCAUUUUCUCUUUAUUGUCUGCUAUUAUUACUAAGUCAUCUGCAUAUAGUAAUCCCUCCAUUCUCACUGGUACUAAACUCCUGUACCCUAUUAUUGACUGUAAUUGCCUUGACCUUCUUUUAGCGCUCUUCAUUACUCUAUCCCUUAGUAAUAUAAACAAAACUGGGCUGAGACUGUCCCCUUGUUUUAUUCCUCUCCUUAGGUUUAUUAUUGGCGAUCUGUUUCCAUUUAUUUGUACUUUAGCAAGUACGUUUCUAUACGUACUUUUUACCACGCUUACUAUCUUUUGCCGGAUUUGCAGAUCUUCCAUUACUGACCAUAUUACUUCUCUAUUUAUAGAAUCAAAAGCAGCUUUAAUAUCUAUAAACGUAACAUAUAAGUCUUCCCCUAUUUCGUUUUUCCUUUCAAUUAUAUUUCUCAGUAUGUAUAUAUUAUCUGUUGUUCCUCUUUCCUUCCAUAAGGUGUGUGAGGUUUCUCAUAAAUAGAAAUUUGUUUGAGUCAGUAACCCAUAUUUUCCGGUCAAGGGACACUCAAAUUUACCAUGCGACCGUGACUUUGGGAAUGUAAAACGCGUUGGGUGACGUGCUGAUAGAGUGUACACACCAAAUUAGUAUGCUGAAAUCAUCCUCAAAGCUAGUAAAACUGGUCAAUUUACUGUUUCUAAGGUAAACGCACUGAUAUAUUUUCUUGUAGUACUUGGUGGACACAUUAUUACAAUCAUAACUCUGAUAAAACGUGUGGGAAAAGUUUUCCAAAGGAAUAAAGAAUACCGUUUAAGGCCUCUACAUAUUAGGAAUUUUAAGAAUUUUAUUAUAACAAAACAAAUCCAGGAAAAGUUGUGGUUAAAGAAUUUAUUGGACGUUUCAUGUUUCAACAUUUACCUUAAGGAAGUACCUUAAUAUUCCUGAAUUUCCAACAGACCUAGCAUAUCCAUUUGGAAAAGUUCCUAUUAACAUUAAAAAAUGGGAAUAUCUUGAUUGAGCCUUUCGUUUUCUUAGCUAUAUUUACUGUUUACUACAGCUGCGUUACUGUAUAAUUUAUAUUACCAUUUAUGUAUUAUAAUAAUAAAAUAAGUUCAUGAAA